AUGCACUGCUCCGCCGUGCUCUUCUUCCUCCUCGUCCUCCCCCGACCCCGUCCCGCCGCGGCCGUCGACGCGGGCGCCCCCGCCCUAGCCCCCGCCCCCGCCCCCGCCCCGGCCCCCGGCAAGAGCAUGAGCGUCACGCCGGCGCCCCUCGUACCGUGCCUGGAGGACGUGCUGCCGUGCACGGCGUACCUCAAGUCGGCGGGGCGGCCCGCGCCGACGUGCUGCACGGCCCUCGGCCGCGCCGCGGCCUCCGAGAUGCCGUGCAUCUGCCAGCUGCUCGCCGACCCGGGGAUGCUCGCCGACUUCAACGUCACCAGGGAGCAGGCGCUCGGGCUGCCCGCGCGCUGCCGCCUCCCCGCCGGCUGCCGCGAGGGCUCCAUCGGCACGCCCGACCCAGUUGUGGAGGCGCCGCCGCCGCCCGCCGUCCGGCCGCCGCGCAAUGGGCACGGCGGCGAUCCGUCGGGUGGCGACCGGUGCAGGACGGGGAGCGUCUCGCGCGCGAUCUGGACGACGAUGCUGCUUGGCGAGUUGUUCACGAUCGCUGUGUCGUUUUAG